CCUGUUUUGUUCUCCAUGCCCAGACCACCGCGGUUACCAGCCCAUCGGAGUCACAACGUUAUUCACCUCCACUUCCCGAUUCUCCAGUCUGCUACGUCGUAUAUCACCGUGCACCUCUGCCUGCCUACUCCUUUCUGGUUUUUCUUUUAGCCAUCGCAAUUGAAGAAUGGCGGCAUCUGCAAUCAGAGCAGGUGCUUUGGUGACUCUACAAGAGCUGAAUCCUUCAUCGCCCUUCUUUAAGCAAGGGGCAUCACUCAGAGUCACUGGAAAGCUUCAAGAGUAUAAUGUGGAGACAGAUUCUGCAGUAAUUUCCAAUGGGAAUGCUUCUUUAAGGAUUGACACAGAGCGCUUGAAUAUCAGCAUUCGCCCUGGCUCCAUCUACCAGUUCAUUGGAGAACUGCAUAUUGGACCCAGUGAUGAGGCAAUCUUGAAGGCACGAGUAGGGAGAAAUGUGGAUGGCAUGGACCUCAAUCUCUAUCAUCAGUCACUGCAACUUUUGAGAAACUUUGUAGAUGAACAAACUAAUAGCCGCACACAAUAGAGUAGACGGAGUAGUACUCCUUUUACUACGGAAAAAGGUAAAAAAAAAAAACAAAAACAGUGGUUUGAUCUCUCAGUAAAUGAUGAAAAUGUGGUUCAAGGCCUAGUAAUGGUGACAAGUAUCAUUUCAUUUCGUGCUUCCUAGAAAUCAGGUAGGUGUCUAGCUUCAAAAACAUGGCUUUUCAACAGAUUGUCAAUUUUCGUGAGGCUCAUGGAUGUUUUUAAGUUGAAUGGAUGCUAGAUGAUAUAUCAUAAAUGAUAAACCUGCCCAACUAUUCCACUUCAAUUUUCAGUUCUGUUCAAUUCAAGAACUUCCUGCU